AUGACUGAAACUACAAUUAUUACGACACAAGUUCGUUCAGAUUCAGAUGAUUUUGAUAUUCGUCGAGAAUUUUGUGGCUUUCAAGAUAAACGUUUAAAUGAUUUAAGACAAUUUACAUCUUGUAUUAUUGAUUUACAAACACAUGGUACAAAAGAUCCAUUUGAAAAAGUUACUUGGGUAAUUUCACAUUAUGAUGAAACAGUUCGAGCUUUUGUUGUUAAACGUAUUCAAUCAUGGGCUCAAACUACACAAAUAACUGCUCAUAUGCAUACAGAAGAUAUAGCAUUUCAUCAACAUAUAUCAUCAGAUUCAUCAUCAUGUUCAAUUGAUGGUAAAGUACAACAACUUGGAAAUUCAGUAAAAUCAUCUCCAUCACCACCAACAAAUUCUGUUCCAUUAAUGUUUAAUAAAACUGUUAAAACACCAUUACAUAAUCAUCAUCAUCAUAAUGUACCAAAUGCUGCUCUUGUUCCACAAACUGAUAUUCAAUUACGACAUCAACCACGUCGUCGUCGAAAUUCAUCAUCAAGUAGUUCAGGAAUACGUCGACCAGCAUUAUUUGGUAAACCUAGUGAUUAUUUUUUUUCACGAACAAAUGAAUAUCCACAAAGUUGUCAUUCACCAUUAUCAACACCAAUAACAAAAAUCAAGAUUAAUGAGACAAUGAAAUUAUUGAAUGAAGAUGGUCUUUCAUUAAUUAAACAAUCUAAUUCACAAAUUGAAAAAGAAUACUCAUUUGAUAAGAACAAAAUUCAAAACAAAGAGAAUAAUUCAGAUAAUGAUAAAUAUGAUGAUACUAAUUUUGAAGAAGAAGCUAAAUGGGCAAAUCUUCUUUCUGAUACAAGUGAUUUUGAAGGUGAUAGUCAUCCAUUAAUGGCUGAUAUUAUACUUGUUUCUCAAUUACGUGAUUGUCUUGUUAAUUCUCAAGUUUCACCAACAGAUGAUAUUGAAUAUAUACAAUCACUUAUAACUUCACCUUUAUUAAUUACUUGUAAUGAACAAUUAAAAACAUUAAAUAAUAAAUAUAUUUGGUUUUAUCGACUUAUACUUAAUUCGAAAAUUAUAUUAUCUAAUGGUAUACAUAAAUCACGACGACAAGCACAAAAAUUAGCCUAUAUAAAAAUGAUUGAAUUAAUGACAAAUAAACAAGGUGUUGAACCAAAAAUAAUUUCUAAUGGACGAUGUAAAGUAGUAAUUCGAAAAUCUAUUCCACCUAAAAAUCUUAAUGAAACAACAACCAUGAUUGAUUCAAUAAUGAAUAAUACUACGGAUGUUUAUUAA